UACCCACAUUCACACUUAUACAUACAGCUCUGUGUUGUACGCGUUUUGAGAGUGAGUGACAGAGAGAGGCAGAGAGAGUGUGUUCUUCUGUGUAGAGAGAGAGAGAUCGUCGUAGAGUUCGACAAUGGAGGGCGAGGAAGUGAGCAACAAACAGAUAAUUCUGAACGACUACGUGAUUGGAUUUCCCAAAGAGUCGGACAUGAUUGUCAAGACGAGUACUAUCAAAUUGAAGGUUCCAGAAGGUUCGAAUGCUGUUCUGGUCAAGAAUCUCUACCUUUCUUGCGAUCCCUUCAUGCGACCUCGCAUGAAGAAGAUGGAAGGGAGCUACGCUGAGUCCUUCACUCCUGGUUCUCCUAUAACUGGAUAUGGAGUGGCCAAAGUUGUGGAUUCUGGGCAUCCAAACUUCAAAAAAGGUGACUUGGUUUGGGGAGUAACUGGAUGGGAAGAGUACAGUUUCAUUACAGCUCCAGUGGCUUUUUUCAAAAUUGGACAUACAGAUGUGCCACUUUCCUACUAUACAGGAAUUCUCGGAAUGCCUGGCAUGACUGCUUAUGUUGGAUUUUAUGAACUUUGCUCUCCUAAGAAAGGAGAGUAUGUCUUCAUUUCAGCAGCAUCUGGAGCAGUUGGCCAGCUCGUUGGGCAGUUCGCCAAAUUGAUGGGCUGCUAUGUUGUUGGAAGUGCUGGAACCAAAGAAAAGGUUGAUCUGUUGAAGAACAAAUUUGGGUUUGAUGAAGCUUUUAACUAUAAGGAGGAGCAAGACUUAGAAGAAGCUUUGAAAAGGUACUUUCCCAAUGGCAUCGAUAUCUACUUUGAGAAUGUUGGAGGAAAGAUGCUUGACGCAGUGCUCAUGAACAUGAGACUCCGUGGUCGCAUUGCUGUCUGUGGGAUGAUCUCACAGUACAACCUUGAACAGCCUGAAGGAGUUCACAACUUGUUCUGUCUUAUUACAAAACAGAUUCGUAUGGAAGGGUUCGUAGUUGGUGGCUAUUAUCACCUUUAUCCCAAGUUCCUGGACAUGAUUCUACCUUACAUGAAAGAGGGGAAGAUUGAAUAUGUGGAAGAUAUAGCUGAAGGCAUUGAACGUGCCCCGGCAGCUUUGGUUGGGCUCUUCUCCGGCCGCAAUGUUGGGAAACAGGUCGUGUUUAUUGCUCAUGAAUGAUGCACUUCACUUCACUGUAUGUUCCUUGGCUUUGUGGUUUGAAAUAAUACGCUCCAUGGCAUGUGCUUUAUUGCUGUUGUAAUACUAAGUUUGGUGUGUAAUAAUGCUUUUGCAUCAUAGUAUUCUGGGAUGAACUUAUAAAUUGAAUGAAAUAUAUAUUACCAACAAUAACUGGUAUUUAGUGUUGAAAUAGAAUUGAAAAUGAU